GCACUCACCUUCGCCUUCGUAUGUUUCUAAUGAUCUGUUGCUUGGAGCUUCGAUCUGCGAAUGAUGGCUGUUGAUCUGAUGGGGUACGCCAAGAUGGACGACCAGAUUGCUAUCCAGGAGGCCGACGCCGCUGGGAUUCGCUCCAUGGAGCACCUCAUCAGUCGCCUCCCCCACCACCACCAGCAGCAACUCGACUGCCUCGAGAUCACCGACCAAGCCGUCUCCAAAUUCAAGAAGGUCAUCUCCUUCCUCAACCGCACCGGACACGCCCGCUUCCGCCGCAGCACCACCUCGCCGCCGUCGGAACCGCCGGCCGAGCCGUCGCUUCCCGAAGCAGCGAAGACCCUCACCCUCGCCCCGAUCCCGCUCCGGGUCAAGCCCCCCAGUUAUCCCCUGCCGCCGCCAGCACGGACGUUGACGGUGGAUUUCACCGAGCCGAUCAACUGCGGCGAGGUGUCACCUCCGAGCCAGUACAGCAAGGAGUGCUUCAGCAUCACGACGCCGAUGUCGUCUGCGACGUCCUCGUUCAUGUCGUCCGUCACCGGUGACGCUAGCGUGUCGAACGGCCGGUUCGGAGCCGCCUCCUUCCUCUUCCCCCCGCCCGCCGCCGCGAUAUCUGCUGGCAAGCCGCCACUCUCGUCCGCGCUCAAGCGACGGUGCCAUGAGCACGACCACGCGAAUUCCGAGCACGUGACCGGAAGGUACGCCGUCCCCGGCGCCCGCUGCCACUGCUCCAAGAGAAGGAAAUCGAGGGUUAAGCGGACGAUCCGCGUGCCGGCGAUAAGCUCGAAGGUGGCCGACAUCCCCCCGGACGACUACUCGUGGCGCAAGUACGGGCAGAAGCCGAUCAAGGGAUCCCCGUAUCCCAGGGGCUACUACAAGUGCAGCUCGGUGCGCGGCUGCCCGGCGAGGAAGCACGUGGAGCGGGCGCCGGACGACCCCACGAUGCUGAUCGUCACGUACGAGGGCGAGCACCGCCACACCCCCACCGGCGCCGCUCCCGAGCCUAUCCCGGCGGCCGCCAUCUGACUCCGACCGUCCCGUUGUCUGGAUCGAAAAGAAGGCCUGAUGGUGCUCGUCAAAAUGCGUUCGUGUAUAGACCUGGAAAAAGUCCGGAAAACAAAAAAAAAAAAAAAAGACGAAAAAUUCGAAGAAAAUUGACUCGUGGACAGUUGGAUUGGAAAUUGGUUUGAGAUCCGGGGAUGCCGCCGAAUGGCUCCAGAGAUGUGAUCAGAAAAGUCAAAAGAUGUUGCUGUCGUUGACUGUUGUCAGCUGUGAUGGCGAUGUGAGGUGGCCAUCUUUUUCUCUUCUUUGGUAGUGUGGGGAGGAGUUGAUGUUAGUGGUGGUAGGUCAACCAUUCUGUCUCUGGGUAAAGAAGCUCUCAGUAGUCGGUGUCAUAAUUAAAGAUAUUAAUAUGGAUUAUAGCUGCAUUUAACUUUGGAUCCAA